AGUUUCGGAACGCACUUGCACUCCGGUAAAAGGGUGAGUGAACCUACUCAUUGUUAUUUAUUGCAUUUGACUCUAAUAAUACAUUAAUUAGCCAUUUUACGGGCACAUCGGGCGCAAUAACACAGGCAGUGACAGCCAUGCCGAUGUGAGUAAUACGAGAGGUGUGGCGCGACCGGGGCGUUGUUCUUGUGUGCAGUGACAUUGUGUGAAAAAAUAUUUUUUCUAUCUCGCAAGAUGACCGAGUACAAAUUAGUUGUGGUGGGCGCCGGAGGCGUCGGUAAAUCCGCAUUGACUAUACAGCUGAUACAAAACCAUUUUGUUGACGAGUACGAUCCGACGAUAGAGGAUUCUUACCGUAAACAAGUAGUGAUUGACGGUGAGACGUGCCUGUUGGACAUAUUGGACACAGCGGGGCAAGAAGAGUAUUCCGCGAUGCGGGACCAGUACAUGCGGACUGGCGAGGGGUUCCUGCUAGUGUUUGCGGUGAACAGCGCCAAGAGCUUCGAGGACAUCGGCUCGUACCGCGAGCAGAUUAAGCGCGUGAAGGACGCGGAGGAGGUGCCCAUGGUGCUGGUGGGCAACAAGUGCGACCUGCAGGCGUGGGCCGUGGACAUGACGCAGGCCAGAGAGGUGGCGCGGAGUUACGGCGUGCCAUUCGUAGAGACUUCAGCCAAGACGCGGAUGGGGGUCGACGAUGCCUUCUACACGCUCGUGCGAGAGAUACGCAAGGAUAAGGAGAGCCGCGGCAAAAAGUACAAGCGGGGGCACAAGCUGGGCUCCGGGCGCGGCAUUAAAUGCACGCUACUGUAAGCCGUAGAUAGUAUUAGGCUUGGACUGCAAGGAUCUCGGUCUUUUUAGCUAGGAGAAUGGGGCAGGAGCCAGAGACACGAUGGUAAAGUUUGUAUGGAACUUUUGGACGUUGUAAACAAAGUGGUUUUUGUGAACUUUAAGCUGUGCAGUUUGCAUUAUAAAAAUUGUGGUCCAUAUGGAUUGAAUACCGCUUAUGUCAAAAUAUUAACACCCUUAUUCAUAGACGUUAUUUAUCUAAGGACGCAGAAUUGUUGUGAUAACAAGUCUGUUUCUCAGCUUUGUUUAUGCGACAGCUUCCUGUUUGUUCAGCUUUGUUUAUCUGACCGCCAACUAGAUUCAAAUUGUAUCUCAAUACUAACCAAUCACAACGGCCCUAUGUCUACGCACUGCGAAGGCUGCCAUGCCGUCAGCGCUGAGAAACAGAUUUGUUAUCACAGCAAUGCUCCGUUCUUAGAUAAAUGACGUCUAUGUAUAAGGGGGUAAAUGUUUACAACGUCUGCAAGAUCCGUCAAAACGGUGGGGUUGUCAACUCAAAUAUCCUAGGUAUUCAUUUAUACCAAUUUACUGCCACCUGUUGUAGAAAGAUGUAACAAUGUGCUCUUAAUUGUUUUCAUUAUUCGAGAACUUCGUACAAAAAUAUAUCCAAGGGAUGUGUAAUAAAUUGCCCCAUUGUCCUUUCUGUGUCGAGUAAUGAGACUUCUUGUUAAUGUGGAAAUAAUAUUUAUGGAUAUUGUUCUGCUGAUUUUCUAAAACCUAUGGUAUUGUUAAAAAUAUCAUAAGUUUUGAUAUAACCGCAAAAGAAAUAACAUCUAUUAUGUUUAUGCAAAACACACAUUUUUUAUUGAAGUACAAAAAUAAGUUAACAACAAAUUAUAAUGUAUAUAUUUGAUAUAAAAACCGGCCAAGUGCGAGUCGAAUUCAGGUACCGAAAAUUCGUACCUCCGCCAUAUUUAGUAUCUAUUAUUUGUUUUUAAUAUAACUCAUAUUCUCUGUUAAGAUUACUCAAUUUCAGUAUGCUACUUAUUACUAUUCAAAAUAUAAUAUACGCAUUGAAGAUUGUACGGACGGAUAAGCAGCCUAGUUUGGUAACAGGGUCCGGUUGAUACCUUUUGGGUACGGUACUCCUAAUUACGUCGUAUAAAUAAGUUUGUGUAAAUUCCGAAAAUGUCUAAUUUGAGGGAGGCUGCGAGGCGCGGAAUGAAAACUUAUUCCGCAGACACGAAAGUACGGGUCAUACAAAAAAUAUGAAUAUAAAACAUUUGGGUUGGCCAAAUGUGGGUUAUUUUUAACGGGAAAAGUUUGGAAAUCACGAACGGAUGGUUACCCUAUCAUAGAGUUUAUUAGGGAAGUAUGAAUUAUGAAAGAAUGAUGCUGUGUGCACCAAAAAAAGUUUACAAUAUUGAAUAAUAUUUUAAUUGAUUACCUGCUAAACAUUCAUGCUGAUAGUAAUAAAAGAUGUACUAAAAUUUAUAUUAUUUUUUAAAUGUGAUACUUUUAAGUACUUCUUCAGGUAGCAUAUGUUUAUAUUUUUGAUGCAACUAAUAAUUUGCACGCAAUAUUUAAAAAAUAAUGAAAUAUAAAUCAUGAUAUCUAAUAUUGUCUCUUAUUUGGUGCACAAAAGAUAUUUUUCUUAUAAUUAAUAAAAACGAUCAGUCCUAUUUGUCAAUAUUGUUGACAACAAGAUGAUUUGAUUGACCAUUCCCGAGUGAAUGAAUGAUGAUUUAAAAUUUAUGAAUUUUGUACUCCUAUUGGAAACAAGAUAAUAAUUUUCAUCUCUUUAUUUGGUAUUUGAAAACACAUAAUAUAAUAAUUUUAUGUAAUUUAUUAUGUAUUUUUUUAUAUAUGUAUUUAGAAUUAAUUUAUUGUCUUUAUAGAAGUGUAUUAUCAAGCCAGUAAAUAUGAAUGAAUUGCCAUUUGAAAUAAUAUCCAUAAAUAUUAUUUUUUUUAUUUUAAUAAAGGCAGUUACAUUCUACCGUUAGGCAUGCUUCUACAUUAGAUUUUCAUUGUACAGUCUUGUUAAUAUAAAACCGUGUUGUGGGGCUUCUAUGAAAAUGGGGAUUGAGUGUUUAUGCAUCUUAUUGUAUUCAUAUCUCGAUACCAAAGUGUGACCAGCUGUGAAAUAUCUUCUUUGAUUUUUUUUUCAUUAAAUCGCUCAUAAUUUCUCAGCUAUCAUGCUUUGGAUUUCAUGUAUCGAUAUACAUAGUAACCCAAUCUCGAUAAACCAAUAAGUUUGCUUGUAAUUCACACUACAAACUUUGGAAGUGUCUCAAGCGUUUCAUAACAAAGUAAGGCUUUAAUAAUAAAAUUGAGAACUUGAAAAAAGCCAACAUAAUAAAUGCCGAUUGUGUUUUUCAUCCAUCACACUUCUGAAAGCUAUAUGAAGUUGUAAAAAAUAAUAUGCAACAAGCCAAUAUUAGCCUUUACCUCCUUAAUUCUGUGUUCAAACCACCUAAAACAUAGGUUGUGUAUACAAACUUCUAGGUUUAGAAAUUUAGUUAUUAUUCCGCUAAGUUUGAAAGUGUUUUCAGUUUGUAUAUGUUUCCUUUGCCUUUACCUUCCUCAGAGGAGACAUUUAAAGGUCUGUUUAAAUGUACGCCGUUAUGGUUACUUCUGGGGCGUUUAGGAAAUUCUACCAUAAUGAGUGUGAUCUUUGUCACUAGCAUGGGAGGAAGACAAUAUUAUGUUAAAUUUGCUGGUAAAUGACCCAUAUAUUUAAAGAUACCAUUUUUUAGGGUUGUAUUGCCAUGAUAAAGAAAAGAUGACGUUUUGGAACAUGUUUCAGAUAAAUUAUUUAUAAUUGGUUACCGGAUUAUAUGCAACCUAAAAAGACCGAAAUGAGCAUGAAUUAUGUUUAAAAUAUGCAUGCAAAACGUCAAAAUAUUCAACAUCAAUUAAUUAAUGGUCUCACGAUUCCAACCGAUUUAUAAUGUAUUUCGCAUUAAAUUUUCACAAAAGUUGGUCAUAUUGGGUUUGUCAUCCACUUAUUGUUAGUUAUCAUAAUUAACGGUAAAUAUAAUACCCCCGAUUAUUGCAAAAAUAUUUAUGCACCAUCCCAUGGUUUUAGGGAUAAUAUACAAACUCUCACAAAAAUGGCCAAAAUAUACAAAUGCAUAUAAUUCGUUUUCUAGUUAUAAUCAUGCAAAUUUGAGAGAUGAUUAAUUACUCUCUUUUAUAAUUAAGUAGUAUGAACAUAUAAAGGAAAUCAUUUGAAAUUAAAUAAUGUUCCAAAAAUGGCUAACCAACCUUAAAAUCACAUAAAUCUUGUUUACUAACUAAACUAACUAACUUGUAACAUAUCAAGCAUAAAUAGCUCAGUCCUCAAGGCGUUGUACUGAAGGUGCUAUUGUUGAUCAUACUUGAGCUGGUCGCUUAAAAGUCGAUGAGUUGUCGAGGUACGGGCGCUCAAGUGACACGUCCAUGAACGGAUAAAUUGGCGCGGAACGGCGCUACGGGCUACGGCCUUGUAAUUAUCAAUAUUUUUAGUAUGACAUUGUAAUUCUACCUCCACAAGUACCUCGCUUGGGCCUGACUGCAGCGGCGACCUCCUUACAGAAUGUGCCCGGCGCGUGUUCAAACUUUUGUAAAAUAAUUGGUAUAACUGUUACUUAGAUAGAGCAAUCUGGCUGCGGUGCGGAAGGGGUUCUAUGGAAAUUCGUUUUUCCUCACCAGUCUUAUAGUGUGGGACAUUUGUCGGAACUAUGUUGGUAAUAAUAAAUAUUGUAGUAAAAAGAAGCACCCUUAUGUUUAUCACAUGAAAGUAGCUCUUUGUUUACAGGUAUUAGGCAGGUAAGGGAAAACGAAUUAUAUUCCAAUCUUGUUAUAUUAUAGUAUACAUUUAUAUUAUAUCAAAUAAUAAGAUUUAAUCCGUUAAUAAAUAUUAUAAGACUUGAAAUUAUAAACUAAAUUAUAUAAUUCUAUAUUUGUAAUCUAAUGAAUAUAUGAUUAAAUCCACUUCCGCAUCCCGCAAACAUGAACAUUUGUAAAAACGAAAAACAAUGAAGAUUGAUGGUAAAAUUUUCACGAAGUUAUAAAUAUGUAUUUAGCGUAAGGCUUGCAACACUGAAGUCUUUUUUAUAUCAUAUUUGAAAACGUAUCUAAAUUACCAAUAUUUGUUUUUCAUUAUGUUGCUUUUGAAAAGAAGCCUUGAUUUUAUUUGUGUGAGAGUUAUGUCGUUGUACAUCAUUUUAUAGUGUUUUACAAAAGGUGCCUCCGUUGUGUUCCGAGUAACUUAUACAUAAACUCUCACACAAUAAUGUCGUAUAAGAUUUAGAUGAGAUCGUCAAGAAUGCAGCGACUAGAGUCGAUUAGAUCACUAGAGCAAUUGAACGCUAUAUAAAUAUGACACAAUGGGAGAUUGUUAUCGAUGUAAUUAUAAGAUAAAUUGUUGAAUGUUUUCUACUGUUUUAGCCGAGUAACUUUUUCUAUUUCAUUAGUAUAGGAUGCUUGAUUCGACGCUUCCACAAAAGAGAACUUGGGCAUUAAAAUAAGGCAUUAAAAUGUAAUACUUGCAAACAUGUUAAAUGAGGCAAUUUCUCUUGACAAAUAUAUUAAAAGAAUGGAAUGUAUCUAUGUUCAAAACCAGUUAUUAUUAGCGUAUAAGAAAUGUUUUGGCUACUUACAUAUUUUCUUCAUUCUAUAAAUAUUUAACAUUUUAUAAGGCUUCGUAAAGUUAUUUCCAUAGCGACAAGUUCUUUUUUCAAUUAUAAAAUCCAGUUUAUUUGGGUUCCCACAAAUAGUUUAUUAAGUAUGUUAUGCAUAUUGUUUUACUCAGCAUGUACAAUGAAUUAAUAAAACGAAUUUUUUAAACAAAUUAACAUUAUAUUGGUAUAUAUUUUGAUAGAUUUCCGUAGUGAUUUAAGUUAAAGUAUGUUUAGUCAUUAGUUUAUUGUAAGCAGAUAUGAACGGAAAAUAGUUUUUUAUGCAUUAUUUUGUCUUCAAACGCAGCGUCCUUAUGCCGUUUGUGUCAUCUGGUAAUAUUUCCAUGAUAUGUAAAACCUCAGUUUACUUAAUACUUGUACUAAGAUACUUAUUUGUAUUUGACACAAAUUCCCACCACUUCGGUAUAAAGACGUGAAGAAAUAAAACAUUAAGCUGCCAUGGAAAUCGUAAAUAUUUGCCAUUUGAAAAAUUAUAUCCAUUUUGUAGCCAUAUUUUUUUAUAUAUUUUUAGUGCUUUGCAACAUUUACAAGGAAUAAAUCAGUCAUUGUACGAAUGGUGUUGUAAUGUUUACCAUUUAAAAUUAAUUUUGAAGAUAUGCACAAUAUUUGUUGGAAAUAGUAGAUAAUGUUUAAUUAAUUCUGUAACAAUGUAGCACAAGACCGUGUGCUAAUUGAAAUAAAUUGAGAUCACUGUG